UGAUUGCUCCACCCCACAAAAGGGACUCAGAAAAGUUUAUUCUUCCUAAUACACCACCACUCAUUUGGCGAACGGACCAAGAGCUACACUUUACAAAACCACAUCGGCUACCCCGCCAUAGAUUCAAAAAGUCAAGGAUCAUAUAUUUUUCUUCAAGAAAACUUAACUUUUGAAAAUGAAAGCACGCACUACCAAGAUACUUGUCUAACUUCUCCUAACUGAUCGGCAUCAUCAUGGGCCGGCUGUCGUGCUUUGCUGUUCUUCUCAGGACUUCUAUGGUCCUACAUCUGUUUCUCAAAAGCUCACAAGCACAAUACACUCCCUGUACCAACAACACAGUCCAAGUAACAUCAACCAGCAUUAACGUCUUUUGCAACUGCACCGUGAGCACCAGCAAUCAGCCGGCUGUGUCCAACUCUACCGCGAGCACCAGCAGUCAGCCGGCUGUGUCCAACUCUACCGUGAGCACCGGCAAUCAGUCGGCUGAGUCCAACUGCAACGUAAGCACUGGCAGUCAGCUGGCUUUGUCCAACUCUACCGUGGCCAUCCUGUCUGGACUGUCUCCCGGGGGCACAUACAGUCUGAAUGUCCAGUGUAGCAAUACCAACUGCAGCAUGAACGUCACGACAAAGCCUGACACCGUUACAAACCUCACAGUCACUGAAUUCACAACGUCGUCUGUGGCUCUGACAUGGAGUGAAACAAACGGAAGCUCAUUCUAUACAGUCCAGUGGACCGGUGGUGGUGACAGUGACAAUCUGAGAAUCACAAUAGCUUCGUUAAACGUUACUGGCCUCAGAGCUGGGGUGAAGUACAUCUUCACAGUCACUGCAGUGGCAGGGGACAACACUACUGGAGGACAGAGCAACGCAGUUAUUAAAUAUACAAAGCCCGCAACCAUCAAGAACAUAAAUGUUGCUGGAUUUACAAUGUCGUCUGUGUCUCUGAGCUGGACUCAACCCGAGGGAGACAGGUCCUUCUAUAAAGUAGAUUGGACUGGUGGUAGUGUCAAUCACAGUAUGAAUACCACAUCAACCUCAGCCAACAUCACUGGGCUGACCGCUGGAUUGCAGUACACAUUCACAGUAACAGCAGUAGCUGGAGAUAAUGCAACUGUAGGAGAUAGCAGUGAAAUUACUAAAUUUACAAGGCCUGACGUCAUCAGGAACCUUACAAUUACUGAAAUCAGGUCUUAUUCUGUGUCUCUUAACUGGACUGAACCAUUGGGAAAUAGUUCCUUCUAUAUAGUAGAAUGGACUGAUGGUAGUGUCAAUCACAGUAUGAAUACCACAUCAACCUCAGCCAACAUCACUGGGCUGACCGCUGGAUUGCAGUACACAUUCACAGUAACAGCAGUAGCUGGAGAUAAUGCAACUGUAGGAGAUAGCAGUGAAAUUACUAAAUUUACAAGGCCUGACGUCAUCAGGAACCUUACAAUUACUGAAAUCAGGUCUUAUUCUGUGUCUCUUAACUGGACUGAACCAUUGGGAAAUAGUUCCUUCUAUAUAGUAGAAUGGACUGAUGGCAGUAUAAAUGAGAAUACAACUACCCUUGAGACACAUGUUAAUGUUACUGAGCUGACUGCUGGAAUGAAGUACACAUUUAGAAUUAUCGCAGUGGCUGGUGAUAAUACAACUAAUGGAUAUGCUUCUGAGAAAGCAGUCUAUUCAAAGCCCGCAACCAUCAAGAACAUAAAUGUUGCUGGAUUUACAAUGUCGUCUGUGUCUCUGAGCUGGACUCAACCCGAGGGAGACAGGUCCUUCUAUAAAGUAGAUUGGACUGGUGGUAGUGUCAAUCACAGUAUGAAUACCACAUCAACCUCAGCCAACAUCACUGGGCUGACCGCUGGAUUGCAGUACACAUUCACAGUAACAGCAGUAGCUGGAGAUAAUGCAACUGUAGGAGAUAGCAGUGAAAUUACUACAUUUACAAGGCCUGACGUCAUCAGGAACCUUACAAUUACUGAAAUCAGGUCUUAUUCUGUGUCUCUUAACUGGACUGAACCAUUGGGAAAUAGUUCCUUCUAUAUAGUAGAAUGGACUGAUGGUAGUUUCAAUCACAGUAUGAAUACCACAUCAACCUCAGCCAACAUCACUGGGCUGACCGCUGGAUUGCAGUACACAUUCACAGUAACAGCAGUAGCUGGAGAUAAUGCAACUGUAGGAGAUAGCAGUGAAAUUACUACAUUUACAAGGCCUGACGUCAUCAGGAACCUUACAAUUACUGAAAUCAGGUCUUAUUCUGUGUCUCUUAACUGGACUGAACCAUUGGGAAAUAGUUCCUUCUAUAUAGUAGAAUGGACUGAUGGUAGUGUCAAUCACAGUAUGAAUACCACAUCAACCUCAGCCAACAUCACUGGGCUGACCGCUGGAUUGCAGUACACAUUCACAGUAACAGCAGUAGCUGGAGAUAAUGCAACUGUAGGAGAUAGCAGUGAAAUUACUAAAUUUACAAGGCCUGACGUCAUCAGGAACCUUACAAUUACUGAAAUCAGGUCUUAUUCUGUGUCUCUUAACUGGACUGAACCAUUGGGAAAUAGUUCCUUCUAUAUAGUAGAAUGGACUGAUGGCAGUAUAAAUGAGAAUACAACUACCCUUGAGACACAUGUUAAUGUUACUGAGCUGACUGCUGGAAUGAAGUACACAUUUAGAAUUAUCGCAGUGGCUGGUGAUAAUACAACUAAUGGAUAUGCUUCUGAGAAAGCAGUCUAUUCAAAGCCCGCAACCAUCAAGAACCUAAAUGUUGCUGGAUUUACAAUGUCGUCUGUGUCUCUGAGCUGGACUCAACCCGAGGGAGACAGUUCCUUCUAUAAAGUAGAUUGGACUGGUGGUAGUGUCAAUCACAGUAUGAAUACCACAUCAACCUCAGCCAACAUCACUGGGCUGACUGCUGGAUUGCAGUACACAUUCACAGUAACAGCAGUAGCUGGAGAUAAUGCAACUGUAGGAGAUAGCAGUGAAAUUACUACAUUUACAAGGCCUGACGUCAUCAGGAACCUUACAAUUACUGAAAUCAGGUCUUAUUCUGUGUCUCUUAACUGGACUGAACCAUUGGGAAAUAGUUCCUUCUAUAUAGUAGAAUGGACUGAUGGUAGUUUCAAUCACAGUAUGAAUACCACAUCAACCUCAGCCAACAUCACUGGGCUGACCGCUGGAUUGCAGUACACAUUCACAGUAACAGCAGUAGCUGGAGAUAAUGCAACUGUAGGAGAUAGCAGUGAAAUUACUAAAUUUACAAAGCCUUCAGUUGUCAGCAACCUCAGUGUGGUCGCCACCACCACCUCAUCUGCGUCCCUGAGUUGGUCGCCACCAACGGGAAACUUCUCCUUCUAUAAAGUAAACUGGGAUGGUUUUAGUAAUCAAACCUCAACAACAAAUUUCACUGUUUCUAGUCUCAGUGGUGGCAGGUGCCUAAACUUCACGGUCACCGCGGUCGCUGGAGACAACACCACUGUAGGAGAUGGCAACACAGUAAACGCUUGCACAUAUCCCACACAACCUGGGAACAUUAUGGCAGCGACACAAGGGACCACACAGCUUAAUGUCAGUUGGACCUUGCCUGGUGGGAGAGUGGACUACUACAAUGUCCGCAUCUCAAAUGCUACUUGGAACAAUACCAACGGUCAGAUCAACCAAACUUGGGCAAUCUUCACUUUGUUAUUACCCGGGCGAGUCUAUGGCGCCACAGUGACCGCUGUUGCUGGAUCCCUCAGUAACCAAUCCGCUAAGGCCCAGUUAGCCACAGUACCCACCCCACCUGGUCCCCUAAACAUCACAGAGAGGACGACCAGCUCCAUCUCCAUCCAGUGGACAACACCUGAUCAAAUGACUAAUGCUACAAACAUCUCCUAUAACAUUAUCUACCAGUCAGAUGCGUCUGUUGUUGGUAACCUGUCUUCUUCUACCCCGAGCUACAACCUGACCUCUUUAGUGUCUGGAAGUAACUACAACAUCAGAGUAACAACAAUAGGACCCCAGAAUUUAGGAAGCGAGCCUGUUAAUACGUCUGCAUGUACUUUGGCCAAGCCGGUGUUGAACCUCACAGCGAAACCAUUAUCCAGCUGGUCAGUUUUUUUAAAGUGGGAUGCACCUGCGGAUAAUCAGUCCUACAGAAUCCAGUACAAAACUGCUGCUGUCCUUGUACAGAACAACACUGUCAGUACCACCUUCAAUGUCUGUGGUCUACAACCUGGGACUGGCUACAACUUCACCGUUACCACGUUAGCUGCAUCGGGAUGCGAAGCAAAUCCAGUACCCUGCUUUAGCUACACAAUGCCCAAGGCGGUCGGUAACCUCACCGUUGUGUACAGCAACACAACCGCUGUCAGCCUUUCCUGGUCCCAACAGGAUGACUGGAAACCCACCUACUCCUACCUGGUGGCCACUUCCAACAAUGGUCCUCAGUGGAAUGACUCAACCCCGUUCUCAAACUACACCUUCACCUCACUUCAGCCUGGGUACAAUUACAACUUCACGGUGGCUGUGGUCAACCAUGGGGUUCAGUCUGAAACUGUAUGGAUUUUGAAUUACACAGCUCCUUCGGUGGCCACCAACAUUUCCGCCAUAGGGACAACCACCACAAUGAAUGUGUCUUGGGAUGCCGCGGUGGGUCAAGUGGACUCUUACACCGUCACAAUCUACAACGGCAGCCCGAGGGCAAACCAAACCGUAUACCCCUCUACAACAGCGGUGUUCUUGAACCUGACUCCAGGGACGCUUUACGUGGUCAAAGUGGACACCAACAGUGGACCGCUCACAGUUUCAGCGCAGAAUAUUUCGAGUGCCACAUAUCCCAACCCUCCUGGAGCCAUUAAUGUCCAGUCCCAGAACAUUAAUACCAUCAACAUCAGCUGGUCCUCACCCAUUGGAAUGGACCAAGUGCAGUACAACUUCUCUGUGUACAUUUUGGGCAGGCAGAACCUGACCGGAUCCAGCUGGUUCCUGCUGGAUAACCUCCAGUGCGGAACACUGUACAACGUCUCAGUGGUGACAGUCGGAGUGUUAAACUACUUGAGCGCAGCGGUGACAAAACAAAUAUAUACAAUGCCAGAGUCAGUCAACCCAUUAAUCUCCAACAACGGAAACAGUAGCAUCACAGUGAACUGGACAGCGCCCUGCGGGAAUGUGGACCAGUACGUGGUCAAUUUGAGCGACAACAACACAUACUCUAAUACAGCAACCCUGAUCUCCAGUUGGCUGUCGUACACAUUCCAAAACCUGUCAGCCGGCAGACUGUACACAGCCAUGGUGACAACGGUCAGCGGGCCCUUCAAUACGACCUCCAUCCCCGUGACGACGGCCACCUAUCCCAACCAGCCUGGGGGCAUGGAGAUCUUGGGGAUCACCACGACGUCCAUCUCUGUCAAAUGGGCUGAAGCGCCUCUGAUGGCCAACACCACCUUCUUUUACAAAGUGAACUACCAGUGUACGCAGCAAAUCACCCAGACUAACACCACGAACACCAGUCUAAUACUGACCAACCUGUUCUCUGGAACAUCUUACAAUAUCUCCGUGGUCACAGUAGGGGUUCUCGGUUUCCAAAGCAAGGAAGUCAGGAUGAAUUUGGUCACAACAAGGCCUGAGCGUGUCAGGUCACUGACGGCACAGGCAGGGGAACAUUACGUUACCUUGACCUGGGAUUGGCCUGUGGAAUACAAACCCAGUUACGUCUUCAUUGUGAACGGGACCAACUUCACCAACUGCACCGGGUUUAAUUCAACCACCAUCAGCGAUCUGGACCCUGGUAGGCCAUACAACUUCAGCGUGACUACGCAGACGGUCGACGGAACCCAAGGAGACUCGGUCUGGUUCCCCUUCUGCACCGUUGCCAGCUCUGUGUCCAACCUGAUGUGCAAUACUACUGACGCUCCUUCACCUGCCCACCUGAAUCUGUCCUGGUCCCAACCCCAAGGAUGGAACCGGGGUUUUCAGAUCAGUGCUACUGAAACCAAUCUGCCUUCCCAGGGCCCGGUCCAGAAUCCUAACGUCAGUGAGUCCUGUAACCCAACCUGUGGCUACCAAAUACUUAAUCUGAAGUAUUACACCAACUACACACUGUCUAUCACCACCCUGGGCUGUGGUAAAUCCAGCACCGUCCAAAUCUACACCUGCCUAACUGGCAUCAGUGCCCCCCCUGCCCCAUCAAACAUUGAGUCCCUAGUCGCUAUCCUGAAUAGGACCACAACUUCCUUCACCAUACAACUGAAAUCCAAUAUCCUGAACGACACCAACGGAAUGGUCAAGCAGUUUGGUGUGCUGGUAACGUCAGACAUCAAGAGUUUUAAUCUGUCCAAAUCAGGGCAGUACUUAAUGAACACCUAUAAUAAAUGGAUUGUUGAUUCUACCCUAACAUACCUGGCCACGGUCCGUGACACAUCUAGUCUCAGAAGUACUGGGAGCUUUGAUGUUAUCAUAGGGGACGAAACAUUAUGGAACAGCUAUUUAAAUGGCCAACUGAAAGCCAGUAGUGUUUACAGCUUUGCCAUUGUUUUAUUCACUAAAACUGACCCUGAAAACGUUCCUUCAUCAAUCUACUCUGUAACAUUGCCGUUCUCAGAUCAAGUUUCUCUUUCUCAGAACAAUGAGAUCACCGGUCUGGCCAUUGGGGUAGGUCUUGGAAUAUUCACGGUCCUCCUCCUCAUCGUCGCCGGCAUCUUCUAUAUCCGGAGACACACAAAGAAAGAGACGUCAGACAUCCAGAUUCAGUCGAUGAGAGCUAAAGUAAACAUUGCCGUGAGGGUGGAGGAUUAUGAGGCAUAUUACAAGAAGCAGAGGGCGGACUCUAACUGUGGCUUCGCCGAGGAGUUUGAGGAUCUGAAGCCAGUUGGAACAGCCCAAGCAAGAGCCAGCGCUGUGGCCUUGGAGAACAAGCCCAAGAACCGCUACAACAACGUUCUUCCCUAUGAUUCCUCUAGAGUGAAACUGUCCAUCCAAGGGAGUCCAUUCGAUGACUACAUCAAUUCUAACUACAUCCCGGGUUACAACUCCAGGAAGGAGUUCAUCGCGGCCCAGGGUCCUUUGCCUUGCACCGUCAACGAGUUCUGGAGGAUGAUCUGGGAGAAGAAUGUCCAGACUCUGGUCAUGCUGACACGCUGUAACGAACAGGGACGAGUAAAAUGUGAGAAAUACUGGCCGUCUGAAACCAAGUGCUUUGGAAACAUCACUGUUGCAACCACCUCUGACAUUCCUCUAGAAGACUGGACUAUCAGGGACUUCGAAAUAAAAAAUAUAAAGACAGCAGAGACACGCUCCGUGCGUCACUUCCACUUCACAGCCUGGCCGGACCACGGCGUCCCAGAGACCACGGAGCUACUCAUCAACUUCAGACAUCUGGUCCGAGAACACAUGGACCAGUACUCGCGCCACUCCCCCACUGUUGUCCACUGCAGUGCGGGCGUGGGACGUACCGGCACCUUCAUUGCCAUUGACCGGCUGAUCUUCCAGAUUGAGAGGGAGAGCAUGGUGGAUGUGUACGGCAUCAUCCAUGAUCUGCGCAUGCACCGACCCCUCAUGGUGCAGACAGAGGACCAGUAUGUGUUCCUAAACCAGUGUGCCAUGGAUAUUAUUCGAUCCAGAACCGGAACCAACGUGGACCUAAUCUACCAGAACACUGCGGCACUCGGCAUAUACGAGAACGUAGAACCCAAGAAUAAAAGAAUGAAGAAUGGCUAUCAUGAUGCAUAGGCCCCAUGUCCACACUUAAGUCUCUCCAUUACCCCCUCUUGUCCUACACUCCUAUGGUCCACAUCAUGGGGAGUGGUAGAGUUUAAACAAACUGUAUUUAUUAAUCCAUUUGUUCACAUUGUCAUAGGCUUUUAAAAUAUUUUUAUUUUAUUUAUUUGGUAAAGAAGUUGGCAUUGACAAGGGAUACAGAUGCACAGUUUUAAUCACCAACAAUGGAAUGUACAUAUCAUUAUAUUUUAGAGAUUUAAGUCUUAGAUAUCUGUAUUUUUAUAUUGCCGAUACUUUGAUAUAUCUGCUUGCUCUCCUAUUUUGAUUGCCAGCGUUAUAUAAAUAUUUGCUCAGGUAUGUGAAGUGAUGUGUGGAUGUACUGUGAGACAUGCCAUACCUUAAAUGAAGCCAAAGGUUUUUAUAUUAAUAUAAAACAAAAUGCAGGUAUAGUUUAUUGUUAAAGGAGUUAAAUGUGUUGUUGAAAUGUAUCUUGGGAUCACCACCUAGCAUAAUUUUACAAUUUUAUUUUUGUUACUUUAUCUGACCGCCCUGUCACUAGUCCCCACUAGGUGGUGCAAUGACAUUCCUUAUAUAUUUAAUAUUCCAAAGUUAAAAUGUUAACCAUAUCAACUAUCUUCUUUCUGAGAAUUGUUGGGCAUUGGUAUGCACUGUUCUGCAUGAUGCACUGGAUGCAUUCAAGAUUUUACACUGGCCUUUUAAAUUCUCCUAUGUUUUGGUUUGGUUUGUGUACAUAUUAUUGAGGCGAUCAUGAUGAAUGAAUCUGUGGCUCACCUGUGCUGUUGAAACCCACUUUGUGCAAUACAAAAUCCCCCUUCAGUCUGUAACCUCAGCUCAUCCUUCUGACACUUAAAUACCAAGAGGGUACAGAACACACACAUGAAAUACCGCUUCCCUACUAAGGCUUGACCAUAGUUCUGGUAAUGCUGGGCAUUCUCCCUGUCUGUGAUGUUUUUGUCAUGGGAGCCUUCACUGGGAAGGGCAGUUUUCCAUGGAGCGAUGUACCUUUUGUACAUGUGGGCCCAGGCCAGAAACAACCUCCUUUAACCAGAAAAUAAGGGAUUGCUAUCUAAGCAAUAUCCCUGUAGCCCUGUGUAGUGAUCAGAAAUGCCUGGGGGACUUAAGUGACAAAGGCCUGUGUUUCUAGGACUGGGUCGAUUUACACACCAGCUGUAUUGACAACAUUUUAAGUAAUUAUGCCGUCAUUUUAUACAGUUUCUCUAUCAUAAUGUACAGUACUUUGAUUAAGUUCUUCAGAGCACUUAUUUUGGUGACAAUGUUAUUUUGUAGACCUUAAUAUUACAGCAGAGUCCAAAUAAUCUUCCUUAGAGUUUUCCUUAGAAUUCCAGAUCUAGGAAUUCUGGUAUUGAUCCUAUGUCAGAUGCUCUUUGAGAUGCAGUGUAAGAUGCUAUGUAAUGCUUGCUGGUACAAUGCAUAUGAGGAAAAUAUGUAGAUUGACUGUAUCAUUCUGUCUGCCAGUACUGGGAUUAAAGAUGCACUCUUUUUGCUCUAUAA